UAACCGCACCGAGCAUAGCUUUUCACAUAAAAACCAAACUGAGGCCUUCACUCCUGAAAAUGGCGGGGGCGGAGGGAUUUCUUGAAGCAGACAAUGUAGAGGCCAUAAUCGCGAGAAUCGAGCACAAAUCCAGAAAGAUCGAAAGCUUACUCAAACAGUCUAAACCGCUUGAAGCGCUCAAAACCGCUCUAGAAGGCUCUCCCCCGAAGACCCGAGAUGAGCGUUGCAAGUCCGCGAAUUGGAUAGUGGUGCAUAGGGCGAUCAUGGCGAUAAAGGAUGUGGAUGGGAUGUUAAAUUCUCUGGAUCCUGAGUACUACGAUAUCCUUAUGAAGUAUUUGUAUAGAGGCUUGUCUACUGGUGACCGCCCCACAUGUGACCAGUGUCUACGGAUUCAUGAAAAGCUGACUGAGAGAGCAGGGUUAGGAUGUAUACUUCGAUCCCUUGCAGACACUGUCAAUACAGUCUGAUUCUCAUCGCUCUGUGCAUCUGCGAAUAUGAAUGUAAUAAAUACUUGUUUAUCAUUUGUUCUUAUUUUUUGCUGUUGUCAAAUUCAAAUUUCAGUUAACUGAAAUUACAGCUUGAGUUACGGCCUCCAUUUUCUGCUGCUUCUUAACGGCCAUUUUAAUGCGUAAAAGUGUUUAUGAUUCGCAUUAUCAAACCA